AUGGCAGCCGCCCUGUCCUCAUCUAAACUGGUCCUCUGUUGUUACCUAUACGCUCGGCAUGACGUGUUGAGGGGCGUGGCUUCCGUCCUGGAAUUAGGGUCGGGGACGGGACUGGUGGGGAUCCUCGCUUCCCGGAUAGCCCGCAUUCCCGGAAGGGUGGUCCUGACAGAUCACGACACAAGGGUCAAACGUUUGCUCAACAUGAACAUCGAGGAAAAUUUUACAGAUUUAGCAGACAGCCCACGCUGUGCGCACCUGAAGUGGGGGGAGGGGCUGGAGCAGUUUGAGGUCACGUACGGGACCUUUGACCUGAUCCUGGGUUCAGACCUGCUGUACACGCGGUGCGCAUGUCUGCCGCUGUUCCGGACGGUCGGAAAACUGCUGCACAAAAAGGAAUGCGGACUGACUUGCCGGGAGAUUCCCCUGGCCGACCUUCCGGAGUGUCUGGAAAUGACCAGAAAAAUGGACGAACUUUGGUACGAAGCAAACGGAGCAGCUCUGCGUAAGGCGAGCUGUAUAUUCGAGUUCAGAUGGAAUCUGAUGGGCAGAAGUUGA